GUCGAAAAUGGAUGUGGAAUCGAACGGCUCGGAACGGUGGGAGGAUUUUUUCGGGAGCAGCACCGACAUUGGUCCAUCGGUACUGGGUUAUUUGGACACUCUAGCCAAUAACUUCAACGAAGAAGCUAAACAACUAGUCGAAUCAUCCAACAAUAAACCGCAACCCGCGACUCCCGCCACCGCGCUGGCAGCAACGGCUUCCGUGCUCUCAGUGAAAAGGGUUGCUCAUGCGAUCAACAAGCACGAUCUAUCCGACACGACCGUGUUGAACAGUAGCAGCGGUAGUGAGCUAUCGCAACGAACUGAUUGUGAGGCUGCGCCAGCUUGUGAAGCCGCUUCCCGCAGCAACAGCGUAUUCAGGUCAACUCCACCAGCCACUUCCGAUUUGGUGUGCACGGGAAGGGCUAAAAAGUUCUCCGAUAAGUUCUUCAAUUUGGUGUCACCAAAUGUGCAACGGAUGGUGUCUCACACGACAGCGGAUACGAAUGAGCAUGCUGUAGCACCACCUUUCGUUCGCAACCAUGUCCAGUCUCUCUCGUUCAGCGUCCCUAGUCGAAAGCCUUCUGCCGCAAAACAAAUGCCGGCCAAUAGUGUACCAGUACAUGUAAAUCAUCACAAGCAGCAGCUACCCUUGUCGAAAAAUAUUGCCAAACUUACACAUGUUAACAGCGGACUGAUCGAUCUCUUCAUCGAAACUUCCCGGCAACAAAGGCAUUCCCAUCACCACAACAGGCGGGAAAACUCCGGCUCGGAAGAUAUUGCCCCAAGCGAAGCAAUGGAAGAGACAACCUUGGCCGGUGGCGAUGCCGUACUGGUCGAUAGUAAUGGUAAUAUUGCUAGUGAAAAACUGGAAGAACUUCAGAACGUGUCCGCAUUGCAGCUAAAAAUACGAUCACUUACGGUAGACUUAGAAAAGGGCGAUCGUGCGGAGGUAGAAAUGGACGAUAAUUCGGCUUCCGCGCCUCAAACCCCCGACACGCUGACAGAAAUGAGUGUGGCGUUGAGAAAUGAAGCCAACAUGGAGGACGCAUUUGUAGAGAAUUGUACCGACCUGUCGGAGCAUCGGAACACUGUGGUCGAAGCGUGCAAUUACUAUCCCAACCUUGGACGGGACGUUCCGUACGGUCCGGACGAUCGACGAAGGCUGGCCGAUGCGCGGGCCAAGCUGCUCGAUAGUAACAAAAAUUGUAAGGUGUCCGUUCCUAACUCACCCAAACUGACCACGCGAGUCCAGUCAAUCGAAAAAACUACGUCCACAUCGACGCCCAGUUUGGAUACGACGUACAGUAGCGGGUCGCCUUACUCGAGCAAAGCGUCCUUAUUGAUGCCACCGAACACACCAGUGCUUAGCUCGCGCCCACUAUCGGCUUCGUCGAUUUGCUCCUAUUCGUCCAGUGCCAGCUCUUCUGGUUCGGAGCAUCAUCUCCCAGGUGGUAAGGGAAGUAGCGCACCGGGCUCGUAUCAGGCCAGCGUGGAGAGUUUGGCCGAUCACAGUGAUCCCGAGCAGAACAAGUGCCUUUCUGAGGUAGGACCGGCCAUAAGCGUUGUCGCCGGUAUGACGAUGUGCGAACGUGCUGUGCGAGAAAUUAUCGAUUCCGAGAGCAGCUACGUCAAGGAUCUUGGACAGGUUAUUAGAGGCUAUCUGGAAGACUGGAAGGAACGGGCCUGUCUGAAGCAUGAUCAGCUGAAGGUUCUGUUUAGCAACAUUCAGGAAAUUUACGAUUUCAACUUUAAGCUACUUAAUCGACUCCGCGAAGCCAAAGGUGAUCCGGUUACGAUUUCCAACUGCUUCAUCGAUCUCCACGCGGAAUUCAGCUGCUACACCGCGUACUGCACCCGCUAUCCGGAAGCCAUUUCACUGCUAACGACACUGCUACAAGCUACGCACACGAAUGCGCUGCUUGUGUCUACACAGAAAAUGCUACAGCACACGCUCCCGCUCGGAUCCUACCUGUUGAAACCGGUGCAGCGGAUUCUAAAGUAUCAUCUACUGCUCGACAAUCUACGGAAGCACUGCAACGAUCAGCAAGUUGCGUUGGCCCACGAGCUGAUGAAGAAGGUCGCACAUAACAUCGAUCAGGUGAAGACAAAGCUGGAUCAGGCUCGGCUCGUGAAAGAGCUGGCGGGAAUACUGGACGGAUGGCUCGGGCCCGAUCUGUCCGUGCUGGGUGAUCUGUUACAUGAAGGCCGGCUGAUGGAACACACCAAGCCACGUAUCGUGCUGCUCUUCGAAACGAUGCUGAUCAUAGCGAAACCAAAGGAGGACAAAAGACUUCAAUUCCGUGCCUACAUACCGUGCAAAAAUUUAAUGCUGGUUGAACAUCUUCCGGGCGAACCGGCCAGCUUCCGGGUGAUUCCGUUCGACGAUCCCAAAGGUGCACUUCAACUUACGACGCGCAAUCGCGAGGAAAAGCGUCUCUGGACACAACAGAUUAAACAAGCGAUGCUGCAACACUACUCCGACAUACCAACCAGAGCGAAAGAAUUGGUCCUACAGCUCGGAGAUGAAGAUGAACGCUUCACAGAUAAACAGUACUGGAAGCGACCAGCAAAUAAUUCUCCAGUCCCGGAGUAUCUCGAACGUCGCCAGCAGUUUCGUCGGAGUGAGAUGCGAAUGAGAUCGAAGAAAAGUCUCCUUAAAAAAGAUGCUAUUCCAACGUCCGUUAAUGGGUUGCUGUCUACCCCAUCGUUCCGUUCGUAUUCCAGCGAUCUUGAGAAUAUUGCGGCUCCUUCGCUUAAGCAGCAGCACCAUCAGACAUCGUUGGAAGAUUGUAAAUGUGAUGCGGUGAAACGGCAGCUGCAGGAAGAAAUAAAAACUCGGCCUGUAAUAGAAUCAGCAGCGGGAGGGCCAAAGUCAUCUCCACCACCAAAGCCCGUUCGAAGUCGUUCCGAAACGCGAUGUGGUCCUGCCGAUGACGAGGAAGAACGCUUGCUAAAGUCAUUGUACGAGCGACGGAAGCUUUCGGCGCCGACGAAACGCGGAACGAAGGUUAAGGAAAGCUUUGCCAGUAUUCGCUCGUACAACAGCACUAUGAUACCGAAACGUAUAAGCGAAAUGCGAAAACGGCGGCCAAAAACUGUAACGAGCAGUUCAACGUUCUAUACAGAUUUGGAGGUGAAUAGUGAAACCGCCCUAACGACGGAUCAGGAAGCAUCUGAAUCUUUGAAUGACGAUAGAGAGCGGUUAGAAAAUGAUGCAAAGGAAUCGGAAAAUCGUCGAUCCGUCGCCCCAGGGCAAUCGUCACCAACGGAGGGCAAAUGUAGCGAACACAAAAAGGAUUCCGAAAUCAUAUCGCAACUCAUCCUGGAUGUCGAGCAGUUCAAUAAGGUGCUUAACAAACCGGUGACGAAAAAGAAGUCCUUCGAUGCGUCUAGUUGCACUCGUCCGGCGGGUUUGCUGAAUCUCGACCGGAAACCUGAACCCCCCAGUACGGAACCACCUUGCGAUGAGGAGUUGGGCAUGGAUGCACCCGGUGAUGGGAUUAGUACUACAUCGCAAAGUGUCGAAUCGGAACCGAUCUACGAAUCGUUACUGCGAAACGUACACGUGCCGUACAAGUAUGCUCCACCAGCCUUGGCCAGACAUUCGCUGCCUUGUGGUGAAGGCAGCACUGGAGGUGGAUCGGUUCCUUUUCCGAAUGCUACCGAUGACCUGCUUGUUAGGAGAACUCGUCCAGAAUCGGACUACGUCACGUUGGCGUAUUCGGAACUCGGUCUGCUUAAGAGUAUUGUUGAAGCGGACGCAAGAAGCUUGUGCCAUGUGCAAUCAUGUACCCAACAGAAAACGCCACUACUGCUCCGGAACAGUGACACCAACAUUAGCUACCACCGAGACACAGCUUGUCACGGGAAAGAAUCGGAUGAAGAGGGAGCACCAGCUUCUCCAGUAUUGGCACCAAUCUCUUCAUCUUUGGGCGGCGGCGGUGAGGUUCUUUCGGAAGAUUCUCCCGCCCUUAAGCAAGCUUUCCUCGAACGUCAAGGUAGUCUUAGCAUGAAGUCGACGGCACAGAAAAGCAUCCUGCAACGUUUCAUCUCCCUGCACUCGACAUCCUCAUCCAUCAUGGCUUCGUCCAGCCCGUCGUCACAGCUGGGCAGUGAAGGCAAUCUGCUGCAUUCGUUGCAACGCAAACUUUCCGAACCAAAUGGCGGCGGAUCGAUCGGUCACAUCUACAAACAGGGCAGCAUUGAUCUGGGAUCGCGCAUUGCGCAUCUGGACUAUGCCGAUCCGAAGACCCUUUUCUUUCAACCUUCGUCUACAGCCGCUUCUACAGCUACCCUUUCGACCACCAGCAACCAGAACGUUCUCAUCAACAGAGCCUCGAUGCAGUCGGUUUCGAUUAGCAAUGGGAAGAAUGAUCAACAGCGAGAUUCGGUGCUGGCAUCGAGUUCCUCCAAUGAUAGUGUGUGCGAGGAAAUGAACACCACCCACGGUCCUCCUCCGGGCUACGAUGAUGAUGAGAAUUGUUGUUUCUACGAACGUACAGUAGAAGAAUGUCUUGAGCACGAUUUCCGCGAUUCGGCCGUUUAUAGUGGUGAUGACAACGAGCGUCAACGGGGAACCAUCGGAACGAGCGAUGAGCAACACCUGUACGAAACCCUGUCCCCUGUCGCUUCACCACGCACGAAGCGACGACCCAGCAACGACGAUCGACAGGCGCUAGGAGAAGUUCAACAAAGGAACUCGGGUCCGCCACCUCCGAUUCCCCUUAAACCAGCGCAUCUUGGGCAAUGCAAACGUCAACAACCAGUCAUAAUUGCGAACUCUUCCAGUGCAUCAGCAGCAGCUGCUGUAACAGCAAAGCCCGCCUCCAAUAGCCGUGGCUGGGUUUUGCAGCAGGUUCGACGAUUUCAGUAA